AUGCCACGUCGCGAGAGCCGUCGUGGUUCGGGAGGAGGUUUCUCGACUCCACCACCGUCACAGAACACGGAGAGAAGAGUUUACGUUGCGAUGCCAAUGUCAGAGAGAAAACGAACGUCUUCGAUCAAGAAUCAAGAAUCGUUCCACAAGGUUCCUUCUGGUGAUUCUCCUUACGUGAGAGCCAAACAUGCUCAGUUGGUUUCUAAAGACCUGAAUCGAGCAAUCUCGUUGUAUUGGGCUGCGAUUAAUGCUGGAGAUCGAGUUGAUAGUGCAUUGAAAGACAUGGCUCUAGUUAUGAACCAGUUGGAUCGAACCAAUGAAGGAAUCGAAGCUGUCAAGUCUUAUCGAUAUCUCUGCCCUUUUGAAUCCCAAGAUUCCAUUGAUAACUUGUUACUUGACCUCUACAAGAAGUCAGGGAGGAUUCAAGAGGAAGCAGAGUUACUUAAACACAAACUGAAAACACUUGAGCAACAAGACACGCACUAUGGUGGUAGGAUCAUUGCUGCGAAAAGAAACCGAGGGAAGCAGAACAACAAGACUAUUGAGCAACAGAAAGCGCGGAUUCUAGGGAACUUAGCUUGGGUUCACUUACAGCUUCAUAACUAUGGAAUUGCAGAGCAGUAUUACAGGAAUGCUUUGUCUUUGGAGCCUGACAAUAACAAGCUGUGCAAUCUUGCGGUCUGUUUGAUACGUAUGGAGAGAAUCCUGGAAGCUAAAUCUCUGCUUGAGGAUGUAAGACAGUCUCUAGGGAAUCAAUGAAGCAACGAAUCAUUUUGGAAGUCUUUUGAACGGGCUAAUGAUAUGUUAGCAGAAAGAGAACGUCCCAAAGUAGCGGAUAAUCCAGAAGAAUUGUUGAGAAGUAGCUCUGCAGAUAACAUCUCUUCAAGGUGUUCAAGUGUGAUGAAAGAAACCGAGGCUCUAGCUGGAACUAGCACAGAAGUGGAUAACAUUUACAAGACGAACUCACAUGCUUCCUCUGAAUCGGUUGAACAAAACUCGCCAGGUUUGAUUACACAACCCCGGGAAUGUAAAUGGGGAGGAGAUGAGGAAGUAGAUCAGAGAAAAUGGAAUGUGACAGUUGAUGCUGCUCGAAGGCUAAGGUUUGGGAAUCAUUAUGAGAAGAGCGUUGAAACAGAAGCCUCGACUACUAAAGGGAAGACACUGGGUCAGAAUUUGAUUGACGAACUGCAUCAAUUCAUCAGUGGUGGUGGUGAUGGAGAUUGCAUGACAAGCAAAGCAAGGAAGUUGUGUGCAGAUUUAAUCAAAGAAAGGGAAGAUCACGAAAAAGCAUGUCAGAGAACUGCUUCAGAAUCUUCUCCAUAGGUCAACGAAG